GGCAGCACGUGUGCUCGACUGGUGAUAGUGAGAAGAUAGUAUGUGGACACGCUUGUGAUCGCUCGGACGUGACGCACCGCUAUUUGACUAAUGACUCCUCCAUGAGGAAGCACUUGGACAUGUGCGUAGCGAUUAUAGUGUUCAUGCAUAAUUUGUGAAUAUAAACAAGAAAGUUUUAUAAACUUCAGAAAACAUUGAACCUAGCCAGCAGAAACGAUCGCAACCAAGAGUAGGAGGAUUCUGUGCCAGGGAUCAUGUCGACCAGCGAGAGGAAAUCCUUUUGCAUCGAGUCUCUGCUGUCUCGUGAGGCUGUGGUUGCGAGCGGCGUCGGCGGCGGCGGCCGAGUCGGCAAUAUCAGUCCGGCGGAUUUAACCUCGCACGAAGUGGGGUCACCGCCCCACACGCCGCCUCUGAGCCCCCUUCCGUCCCCCCACUCCUCCCCGCUCUCGUCCAUGUCUCCUGCCGUUUCUUCCUCAGCGAUUCUAAACCGAGCGACUCUUCUUGGGGGGGCCACUGCCCCUCUCGUGCCCCCUCACCUUUACCAGUACCCAGGCAUGGGUAUGCCCCCUGGUCUGCUCCCUGCCCACGCCUUCACGCCCGCAGCAUCGCCACUUCUGGACGCACAAACCUUCAACGCCCUGAAGUCGGGGGCGGCGUCCCUGCCCCCCGCGGCGCUGGACUGGUUUGCCCGCGCGGGACUCAUGUAUCCUCGCCUCCCCCCGGAACUGGCAGAAAACGGACUGCACUUAUACAGUAUGGGCCAGCACAGCCUCCUAGGGAAGACGAGACGCCCACGCACCGCCUUCACGUCGCAGCAACUCCUCGAACUGGAGAAACACUUCCGGGAGAACAAGUACCUGUCGAGACCUAAGCGGUUCGAAGUGGCCACCAGUCUGAUGCUGACGGAGACGCAGGUCAAGAUUUGGUUCCAGAACCGGAGGAUGAAGUGGAAGCGCAGCAAGAAGGCCGUGUCGGAGAACCGCAAGGAGCAGCGGCAGAAGGACGGGAAGGAGAACUCCGGCGGGAAGGACGAGCGCGCCAAGGACCAGGCCGGGUCCGGGGGCGCGACCGCCACGCAGGAGGAGCCCAUCGUCACGCCGGAGUCCGAGGACGAGAUCGACGUGCAGGACGAUCACGCCGGCAGCGAGGAGGGGGGCGUGGAGAUCAGGGGCGGCGAGGAGGCGCCCCUGUCGCCCCCCAGCCCCCCGGGGUCCCUCUCUCAGGCCCCCGCCGAGUCCUCCGCCGCGCCCUCGCCCUCGCCAGUCGACCCGCGCCGUCCCUACGACGCCCUCUACGAGAGCAUCCACGCCCACGCCCACCACACGGCCGGCGUGCCCGCCCUUCACGUGCCCACGCCCCCCGUCGUCACGUCCUCUGGGGGCAGCUCGUCCGUGUUCUCCGGGCAGUACCAGCACGUGCCGCUGUCGGCCGCGCUCCUCACCAAGCUGCCGCCCGACGCCGAGCACCUGUACAGACCCUAUGUGUCAUGAGGGCGCUCGAGGCUAGCGCUCAUCUCGCGUCCUGCGUCCUCUUCGCCGCCGCCGUCGUCGCCGCCGUCGCCGUGGCACCGUGAAACGCCCGGCAACGUGAAGCUCCGAAUAGCAAAUGAAAAGUGUGUCGUAGAACAUUAUUAGCACGAAAGGCGGGGAAUGAGGUAACUCUGCAGCCGAUACGUAAAAAACAACUAGUGUUCAUCUUUGUUAUCUACUCUCACUUAAAAAAAAAAAUGAAAUGUAGUGCGUAGUAUACUCCCCGAGGCGUCCCGUGGGAAUCGAAGUGACCCUCAGUGACCCGUCGGACACCGCGAGCAAGAACCCGUAAGUCUGUCUCAGCCUCGGCAGAAGAAAAGCGAAAGCAGGAAAUAAACAGAAGGAGAGAAGGAACGGGACGAGAAGAAGACAAUCCCGGGAGAGGAACGAAGGCCAUCAGCGCCUCGCAAGUUUUUAGCGGGCGACUCGGCGACUCCCGAGAGGCGGCCUCGGCGCGGAUGUCGCUCGAUUGGUUUUCCUCCCGAGUUCUCCUGCCGAGGGGACCGCCGCCCCCGCCCCUCCUGCCCUCUUCCCCGCAAGGUGACGGCUACACAAACACGUACACACAUGCGUACACACAGACACACACACGCACGCACACACACACACACACACACACACACACACACACACACACACACACACACACACACACACACACACACACACACACACACACACACACACACCACACACACACACACACACUCCCGUGCCCACCCCAGGGGACGCGGCUUCCUCAUAGAGCCGAGACGUGAUGGAAACGCGAGAUCGCCAAUAGGCCUAGGCUAGAGUGGACGUUACCCUGGGCUUCGAGUGCGUGAACCUCUGUCUCGUGCUGAACCGUCACUGCUGCUACUUUCCGCGUGUGAGACUUCCGUAGUUCAGGAUAGUGAUAGUGAUCGCCUGCAACGCUUCAUUACACCUAUUGCAACAUGUUUGUUUUGGAUUUUCUCUGGCGAAAACGUUAAGAUAAAAUUUUACAAAUAACAUUAGUGGACUUCAUUCUCGAGAAAGGUUUGUGCUAGUCAUCUGUGUAUUCCUAGAUCUUCCUUCAUAACUGCUGAUCAUUGUGAACAUCAGCGAAAGGAUACUCCCCCCACCCCCGCCAUCCUUCGCGAACAAGUUAUAAUUCAUUCUCAAUAUUUCUAGUUAGGAAAUGCGUCAUCGCCACUGUCGCCAUCAUCACUAUCGUCACCAUCAGUAUCGACAUCACCAUCAUCAUCAUCUCUACUUCAAAUGACCCUUGUAAAAUUAAGAUUCCCUUGUUAAUCAACUAUUUAUGACCCACUUCAGCGACAAUGCCUCAGCGGAUUCCCCAUUUUCUCGACUUUGCCUCCUCCCCUCUCUCGCUGAACAUCUAACGCUGUUUUUGUUGUUGAAUAUCUUUUUAUCUG